UUCCCAUAUAACUGAAUGUGCAAUAAAAAUCUGAAAAAUGAUUUGUAAAAUAUUUAUAUUUUUAGUUUUAAUUAUGGAAUUUGUUAUAGCAGUUAAUGAUGAGGUGAAAAAUAAUAUCCAAGAGUUGGAAACACAAAAAAAUGAUCUAUACAAACAGAUACAAAAAGCUAUUGACAGAAGUGUGUCAUCUUUACUUAAAGCUAAUGACUCGGAGGCUACUUUAGGCCUACAAUACAUGAGAGACUUGAAAAAACAUAUAAAAGAACUCAACCGAACAGAAAAAGAGUCUCACGAAGAAAAAGAUAUAGAGAUUGACUCAAAAUCAGAUUUGGAAAAUAGACGAAGUUACAAAGGAAUGAAGUAUUUAAUAAAAAGACCUAAGAAUCCCUUCGAUUUUGAAACGAUUUUAAAACCUAAUAAAAUCUCGGGAAAAGAGUGGAACGAGAUGAUAGUAAACCGAAACAAAAUGCAACAGAAAUUGGACAUGUGGAUAAUAGAACGACAAAAGGAGAAGGAGAGAAGAAAACAGCAUAAAAUGGAGAAAAAGAAACUGGAGAUGUCGGGGAAAUAUGAGAGAUGCCCCAGAACUGGACUCUACGGAAGAAAGAAGAAUGAAGCUAGAAAGAGAUCGAGAAAAUGUGUGACUGAAGUGGACGCGACGACAGGCCAGCGCUACCAGAAGUGCUACAUGCCGCCGGAGUCUGCAGAAGGACGGGGGAAAAUUAGUAAAAAAGAGUCCUCGCAAUACAAAUAUCCAUGUUGUAGAAAGUGCUGUAAGAAGUCCUAUAUGGGCUGUCUGUGAUGUGUGGGCUACUAACAUUACACAAACACACACACGCGAUUUGUAUGGGUUACAAUUUUUCAUGAGAAAUUAAACUUACUAGAAAAUCUGCCUG